AUGUGGCCACUCUGUGCUGAGAAGCAGGCAGAGAACCUGACCGAGAAGUUCCCGGCAGAGGAUGAGGCAGUCGAGCCGGUUGCACUGGAGAAAGGCCGGGCGAAGGAGGAGGCAAAGGAAAGAUUUGAGGAAGAGAAGCAGGCGCAAGAGGCAGAGAAGCUGACCGAGAAGUUCCCGGCAGAGGAUGAGGAGCCGGUUGCACUGGAGGAAGGCCGGGCGAAGGAGGAGGCAAAGGAAAGAUCUGAGGAAGAGAAGCAGCCGCAAGAGGCAGAGAAGCUGACCGAGAAGUUCCCGGCAGAGGAUGAGGAGCCGGUUGCGGUGGCGAAAGGCCAGGCGGAAGAGGAGGCCGACGAGCCCGGUGCUGGGCAAGCAGAGGCUGUGGCAGCGGGUCCGCAGGCUCUGGCCUGCAUCUUGGACCCAAAAGGUCCCCUGUGCACACAUGCAUGGGUGGACCGCGGGGUCAGACGACGCUGGGCGGAGCUGGUUGAGCCGGUGCAGGCAGAGCGCUUCAUGGACUGGUGGGCGAACAUGCCUAAUCCGGGCACAUUGAGAGGUGCACCCAGUGUGAAGGUGGCAAGUACUCUGUUCUCACGAGGCCGACAAAACGCAAAGCGCUCCGCGCCGGGCACGCCGCUGGGUGCCGAAAGAAGCCAAGGCCGUGGAGGAGGCAUACGGAAGCGUUCAGCACGAGAGAAUGGAGCAUGA